AUGUCUUCUGUUUUGAAAUGUUCUGAGCACAAAAAAGUACUGGCCAUUGGUCUGAAAAAACUCGGACCUGAGCAUUCUAAUGUCGCAAGAAUAUACAACAACCUGGGAAAUGUGCACCUUGGCCUGGGUGAGCUGAGUCAGGUAAGAGAGUUUUAUGAUCGCCCAGUGGCAAUUCGUCUAAAAAAACUCGCACCUGAAAAUUUUGAUGCCGCAGGAACGUACAACAACCUGGGAAAUGUGCACAUUGGCCUUGGUGAACUGAGCCAGGCAAAAGAGUUCUGUGAUCGCUCACUGUUCAUUCGUCUGAAAAAACUCGGACCUGAGCAUGUCGAUGUCGCAGAAAGGUACCACAGCCUGGGAAUUGUGCAUCGCAACCUGAGUAAACUGAGUCAGGGAAAAGCGUUUUAUGAUCGCGCACUGGCCAUUCGUCAGAAAAAAUUCGGACCUGAGCAUGUCGGUGUCGCAGAAACGUACCACAGCCUGGGAAUUGUGCAUCGCAACCUGAGUAAACUGAGUCAGGCAAAAGAGUUUCGUGAUCGCGCACUGGCCAUUCGUCUGAAAAAACUUGGACCUGAGCAUGUUGAUGUCGCACGCACGUACCAAAAACCUGGGAAAUGUGCACCUCAAGCUGGGUGA